AUGGCCCUGGAAGACCGUUGCAGUCCCCAAAGUGCCACAAGUCCUCCGCACAGGAUGCCCCACAGUCCACAUCAUCAUCAAAACCAUCACAACAAUUCCUCAUCUACUUCAUCGCCCACUGGUACAUCUAGCGACACGGAGAUGGCGCACAUGGUUUCGCAACAUCAAAACUCGCCCGAACCAACAAACAACGAGCAAGAAUGCAUAAUUGACGUCGAAACGGUCAACAUCAAAACCGAACAAGAUGACUACGAAGAAACGCGUCACGAUUCCGAAUCCACGCCGGAAUCGCCGCCAGUCCGUUUCAGCAUCACAAACAUCCUCAGCGACCGUUUCGGCAAAACCAGUCCUCCACUUCUCCGCAAAAAUCACCUUUUCCGCCCGUACGACAUCAAAGAGCAUGCCAUGCACAAAAUGCAAUUUCCCUCAAUACCGCCGCACGCCUAUCCGGGUCUGCCUUUGGAUCAUCCCGCGUUGAUGCAAAAUCUCCGUCUCGCCGAAAUCUACAACGAUUACAGUCGAAAGAUCUCGAAUGCGUUCGAAGCGCAAAUUAAUCAGCACCAGCAGCAGCAGCAACAAACGCAGCAAACUUUGCUGAAUAAUUUUUCGUCGUAUCCGCGGAUUCACGAGGAAAUCCUCAAUAGUCACAAGAAAUUUACGCAAAAAUUGUUGCAGCAGCAGCAAGAGAAACACCAAACAACGAUAAAGCCUCCGCAAUGCACGCCGCCCCUGGGUAAUUUGUGCAAAACGGUGUCGCAAAUUGGAAGACCGAGUCCGACGACGCCAUGCAAUGCCAGCAUUUCACCAAAAUCCGAUAGAAGUUCCCUUAUUUCGCCACCGAUUGCGCCAUCGCAACGAAGUGCUCAGGAUACCGUUGACUCGUCCGAUGAUACAAAGUCGGAAACGUCAAGUACGACCAAGGGGGAUGGCGAGACUUCGAUGUGGCCUGCAUGGGUCUUUUGUACGCGAUAUUCCGAUCGUCCCAGUUCAGGACCUCGUUAUCGCCGCCCGAAAAAGGAAAAGCCAAAGGAUGCGCCUCCAGAUGAAAAGAGACCACGCACUGCCUUUUCUUCCGAACAAUUAGCACGACUUAAGCGCGAAUUCAACGAAAACCGUUAUCUCACAGAACGUCGCCGCCAAGCUCUCUCCGCCGAACUCGGGCUCAACGAAGCCCAAAUAAAAAUUUGGUUCCAAAACAAACGCGCCAAAAUCAAGAAAUCCACUGGCAACAAAAACCCGCUUGCCUUGCAACUCAUGGCACAAGGUUUAUACAAUCACUCUACCGUUCCUUUAACUCCCGAAGAGGAAGAAUUGGAACGACGCAUGAACGGCGAACUGUGA